AUGGCAAUUGCACGACCACCUGGUAUGGACUUUGAUCAUAACUGGCCAGAGAGUACAGAAUGCCUGACACUAGACUUUGGUCCUUUCGAAACUGUACAUAUGUGGAAACCUAUGCCUGAGUGUGAUGAGUUUGUUGGAGCCAGGCGAAGCAAACAUACCAUAGUGGCAUACAAGGAAGCUUUGUAUGUGUUUGGAGGUGACAAUGGUAAAAAUAUGCUAAAUGAUCUUCUACGCUUUGAUGUAAAAGAUAAGUCCUGGGGUAGGGCCUUCACCACAGGCAAACCACCUGCACCCAGGUAUCAUCACUCAGCUGUGGUUCAUGAGAGCAGCAUGUUUGUGUUUGGUGGCUACACUGGUGACAUUCAUUCCAACUGCAACUUGACAAACAAGAAUGAUCUGUUUGAGUAUAAGUUCAACACUGGUCAGUGGCUUGAAUGGAAAUGUGACUCCAGGGAUGAUCUUCGAGAUCCUCUUCCUGCUAAAGGGAAUAGUCGCUUGAUUGGCAAAAAUCAGCGCUUACCUGUUGCUCGUGCCGCCCAUGGAGCAGCAGUAUAUGAUGGGAAACUUUGGAUAUUUGCAGGAUAUGACGGCAAUGCUCGAUUGAAUGAUAUGUGGACCAUUUCUCUGCUGUGUGAUACUAAAGGAUGGGAGGAGGUACAUCAGAGUGGUGACAUACCUCCAACCUGCUGUAAUUUUGCUCUGGCUGUUGCAAGAGACAGCAUGUAUGUGUUUUCUGGGCAGAGCGGUGCAAAAAUUACAAACAACUUGUUUCAGUUCAACUUUGUUGAAAAACAAUGGACAAGAAUAUCCACCGAUUUGAUUCUCAGGGACACACCGCCACCACCAGAGAAGCGUUAUGGACACACCAUGGUAGCUUUUGACAGACAUCUUUAUGUCUUUGGGGGAGCAACAGGACAAACUUUACCUAAUGAACUUCAUUGCUUUGACUUAGAUUCUCAGACAUGGUCUAUAGUAGAACCAGCACAGCAAAGUGAUAUUCCAGCAGGUAGACUGUUUCAUGCCUCAGGUGUAGUAGGUGAUGCCAUGUACAUAUUUGGAGGGACCAUAGACAACAACAUCAGAAGUGGGGAAAUAUACAGAUUUCAGUUUUCCAGUUAUCCAAAGUGUACAAUCCAUGAUGACUAUGGCAGGUUGCUGGAAAGCAAACAGUUUUGCGAUGUAGAUUUUGUUGUUGGUGAA